CAAGCUGUCUAAGGUCGUCGUCUUGAUAGCUCCGGUCCCACCUCCAACCAUAACCACUCUUUCGUUCCUUCCUUCCUUCUCUUGGGCGGUACGAGUCUGCGAGCUCUAAGUAGUAUCUCUCACUCUCAAAAAAGUACGCCACGCCCUCUACAGCAUUAUCAACGAAAUGAUAAAUGGGUAAGGCCAGCAGAUGGUUCCGCGCGCUUUUAGGAUCCAAAAAGUCGUCUCCCGGAUCGCCCAAGGCCAAGAAGAGCAACGCCAGGAACUCCGGUGGUGUCACCCGGGGGACCCACUCUCACAGGAACGGCGGCGAUGCGUCGGCGCCCAAAUCGCACACCUCGGACGCUAACAAGCACGCAAUCGCUGUUGCCGCAGCCACUGCCGCCGUGGCCGAGGCUGCUCUUGCGGCGGCUCAGGCUGCCGCGGAGGUUGUGAGGUUGACCAGCGGAAAUAGACCCGCCGCAGCCUACGUCAGCAGCAGCUUUGAUCGCCGCCGUGAAUGGGCUGCCGUUAAGAUACAAUCCGAGUUUCGAGCUUAUCUGGUUCGCAAUUAAGCGUAAUAGAUACACACAGUUGCAAUUAUAGGGAGUACUAAUUAACUAUGUAGUGAUAAGUACUAAUUUCAGUAUAGUAUGAUAAAGAUUUGAUUUUUAUGCGUGCAUUCCAUAUCUGCAAUCGCUUUAAUUUCGAUACUAAAUAUUGCAGUUCAAUUUUGAUACUAUAGCUAGCCUAUAACACCCUAGCUAGCUAGCUAGGGUCUGUUGUUUUGAUACACCGCACUGUAGUGCUGCGUACUAGACAUAUAUAUGUAUGAAAGCAUGGAAUGGUUUGAGUAGUUA